GCGAAAGAAAAAGGGCUUUAUAAAGUAUGAGAUUUUCAUUGAUAUCUUGAGACCCUGAAAUUGUAUGAAUCGACUCUACUGUUUCAAUGUUUUUGUUACUGUCAAAUUUGCCAGCAAAAUUAGAAAGAAAGGCAGCAUGAACCAAAACAAAAUAGAGCUAGUGACAAGAAACUACCAUAGGAAACCGUGUAGUAUUUCGUCUGCCACAAUUCGUCAAACAUUUAACAGAGAUUCUUAAAGUAUCCACAAAGUAGUUACCUUUUCAACUUCUUUUUCUUGGGUCAAUAUGCUUCUAUUAGCAUGUACUGUACCAAGAAAUCUGAACAGUUUUUUGGCGGUACAGAACUUGAAAAUGGCAUUGAAUAAUGCUUUUUUCAAAGCCAUUACCAAGAAAUCUGUUUUCAGAUUCAUUCUAACUUUCCCAUCAGUCAAAAUGUUUUGCUGUGCAAGAAUUUUAGCUGUUGUUAUAAACAAUAAUAUUAAAUUACACCUUGACUUGGCGUUGCCUAGCUUUUAUAUGUUUAAAAGCUUUGCUUUGCAUAAAAAUGCAUUUCUUUGCCAAGGGGGGAAUGCAAAACUUCCAGCAAAAUGAAGCGAGUGGAAUCAAAGGAUCUGAGAAUGUAGAAAAAAGGCCAACUGCGAAACCGUUGACAGCAAAGCAGAUUUGAGUAGCACAUCUUAUCUUAACUGCGAAGUUCCUUCUCAGUCUGGUGAUAACAGUUUGACCAGUUUGCUGGUUGUUGCGAAGAAGUCCUUUCUAAUGAUGGUAAGAGAUUAGAUCUUUACCGGAAGUGUCCAAUCGUGCGCGCUCAAGCGGAAAGCAUGUAGCGGCUUCACUUCAGUUCUUCCUGCGCAUUGCAUUGGUUUCAAUAUGAAUUUUUAAUAAGGGCGGCUACAAUUUUUAUGAACAUUGCAUUGAUCGAACAAAAUUUAAUUGUAAACAGAAGCGGAAAUUAUUGGAAAUAUGCUGUAGCUGGUUAUACAGAAAGGAUAAUAUCAAGACGUUUCCAAAGAUGUUACUAUGAUUGCCUUUUAAAAAUGAUUUUGAGCGAGUAUCUUGAAAUAUGAAUAAAGAAUGUCCAGAUGAUUCUGCAAAUACUGUUUUUCAUGGAAGCUGUAAUCCAAAUUAAAGCUUCACUAGAAUGGCCUUUAGGUACCUAUUCACUGCCUAGGCCCAUAACUGGAUGCCCUCCCGACUGGAAAGAAGGGAUGAGAUACCAAGAUUCAGAAAACGUCUUGAAUUCCAAUGGUCGAUCAGAAUCUUACCAUUUAGCAGGCACUGUCAAUAAGCACGGUGUCAGGCAGGAAUUUUGCACCAAAUUUGAUUCAAAUGAUGGCACCGGGGAUUGGCCCACUGGACAGUAUUGUAUAUAUCGUUAUGGACCAACAUGUCCACAGGGCCUAAUAGAAGGUUGGAUUUUUUGGGAUGAUGAAAAUGACGAGAUGAUCGAUUCAGAAAGCUUGUACCAAGGCUACGUUCCUGCGGGCAUCUAUGAAAAAGACACAUUGAUAUACACAUGCUGUAGAACAGAUGGGGAUAAAAAGGUACCCAUAUCCCUACCAUUGGCACAACCAUUUUAUCUGCUUGCUUUUGGAUCUUCUGAAUGUCAAACAGUUUCUGGUGCAAGAUCUUUGUCGGAAUUUAUUAAAUGGGAUGAUGAAGAUAAAGGAAACAGAAAUGACAAUAGCCGCAUUGUUCCUUACGACGUCAAGAAGGGACGAUGGAACACAAAGAUUUACUUCUGUUAUUACGAAUUUGGUGGGUGUGGAGUCAACGGGGCAGUGUGUACAAAUUCAACUGAUCACGAUGAUACUCAAGCGGCCAAGAGUGCGGUUGUUGACAUUAGUUCAAAGAGAGCAGAUCUACCUGGGUUUGCCACGACGUCAAAGAGCUCAUCUGGAAUGGCCGUUGCUAUUGGAAGCUUUGUUGCUGGUACAAUUUGCGGAACAGCAGGCUUGAUUUUCGUUGUAAAACAUUACCUAAACAAAAAGGCUGGUGAAAAUGAGGGAGGAAUUGAUGACGAUGAGGAGGAAGAAGUCAUUCCCAUGCCGGAUGAGAUAUGGUAGCCUCCUUUUGAAGCUAACUCGUAUUCAACGAAAUAUUAAACUUCAAAGAACAAUUUUUGCAAAGAAAUAUGAUGCAGACGACUUCUAAGCUUUUUUUGAAUUUGCAAAGCAACCGUGGAAACUGGAUCCCAUUUCUGAACAAAUUUAUUCACCGUAAAAUCAACGGUGCAUUUCUUAUUUACGCCGUCAAGUUUGUAUGUAGAUAAUUGCAUUGUAAGUGGCUAAAAUUCGUGAAAUGAUGUCAUCAUGUUCAAUCGGUAGAUAGCUGUUUGCAGUCAUGAACACAACGAACUUUCGUCUCAGUGACGGAUUCAUUGUUGUAGCAUUGUAUUUAGAAUUAGACUGGAUCUGGAAUGUAUAUAUAUAAUAUCAUAUAGUCUAGUUUAUAUUAUUGCUGUAGGGUUUAAUUACAAGCGCAAGCACUUUUCAUAUAUUUUGCUAAAAUUUUAUCGAUUACCGAUUCUUUAGUUUUCCUUUCGAUACAUCCUUGCCGAUGCUUACUGAGAAUAUAAAUUCUGCAUUAACCGCACAGACUGAUAUCAUUUUCACUAAUACGUGACAAAUUAAAUGAACUCAUCUUACCUAGAAGUUUAAGCCAAAAAUUGCGACUCUUUCUUUUGUUUGCUUAACAAUUGAUACCUGUCAGAAAGACGUGAUUAUAAUUUCUAGACUGUGUUUUAAAAAAUUAUUACAAAUUCUCAAAGCAAUGAAACUAGCAAAGAGGUUUAUUAUAUGUUGAUGAUCUCUUUUGUUGGACUUCAAUCAAUUCUCCCUGAUCGUGCACGUUUUAGAUGAGACCCAAAAGCUGGGAGCCAUAUCAGCUAGAUAAAAUAGAUGCGCUAUUCAUCGCUUGAUGAUUGGCAAAAAUUCAAUAAAAAUUAUCUAAGAUAUUUGCAAAAGAUGUUACGAAGGCAGGCAGCAGCAAGAAUCUACCUUCUAUUUUGUUUUGAAAUCUUAUUUCCAUAACAAGAAUAUAAGCUGGAACAUUUUUUUUAUUUACAUCACAUAGAGUCUUCUGUGAUUUGUGGUCAAAUUUAAUCUUACUUUUUAGCGAACCUUACAUUUUCUUUCUGCCUCCCUGCAACUUGUUGUAUUGCCACUACUCUGAUGUUUUUGUCUUUUUGUUUUUUCAUAUUUCUAAAACUAAAUUUGAAUAUCUAGGCUCCAGUACAUUUCCAUUUGUUCCGAUUCUGUCGACUGUUGACUGUUGCCUGUAGGUCUUUCGAUUCUUUGUUACCUUGUGAGCGCUCACUUUCACUCACCUUCAGUAAAUAGCUCUUGAUGUAACUUCCUAGGUGAGCCGAUUGUUAAGGAAAUGCCCCUAAAUCAGCUUUUUGUCUGUUUGGAAUGACAAUAAUUUUCAACCCACUCUUUAGGUGAAUCUUCAUCAGUACAACGACCCUUGCACAGCCUGAGCUCUUUACGCACUUCAUUUGCAUAUGUGACCUAAAAUGUUAUUACCCCUUCCAGGUGAGAUGCGUCUAAUUAUUGUUUCUGUUUCCUCUCUUUGUAUCUUCUUACGUACAUACGUUUUUGUAUAUAUUUGUAAAAAGGCAAUGUUCCUUAAAAGGUCCCCCAGAAUUUGAUUUUACAAACCUGUGUCUUCCAUAGACUGACUUACGGUUAGCUAAAGUAACUUUCCAGCGAUAGGAUGUUGAAUAACCGCUUGAUUCAUAGUGAAAGAUAAUAACAAGCAAUAAGAAGAAUAAACUAAUGCAAGUUAUUCAUAUGUCUUGAAGCUAUCAGGGAAAAAAUAGGUUAGGCUGCUUUAAAAACAGAUUUGUGAUUGACGCAUGUUGAAAGACAAAGGUGGGAAUAAAUAGUCAUCAUUAUUGUUUUUUUCUUACAAUAAGGCUUGUAGGCCGAAAUGGUCCAUCGCCAACACAAUUACUAUACUUACAAGUUAACAUAAUUAUAAAUUAACAAUAAAUCUCAGAAAACAGCAACAGCUAAUACGAAGAUAAAUAGAUGAAAAAAUGACUAUAAGCUAGAAAGUUUACGUUACGAGGAUAUGCACAUAAAGGACUUCCCAAAAGAUUACCGUGAUUCAAAAGCCAGCGAUGUAAAAUAGCUAUUGAUAUCAGACAAUCCGUAUCUUCUUGACUCAACAACCAAAUAAACUUAUCACAAAGGUCAAGGCAUGAUUAUCUGGGAAAUUUUGAAUAUGUCAUAGAUAACAAAAAAUUCCUAGCUGUCUCGUAAAGGGGACAACCUAAUAAAAAACGAAUUUCGUCCUCCACAGCAGUUUUAUUAAAAGAUUGUAAAGGACUGAAGAACAGUGUGCUAGAAAUUCAAAAACUCUAGCAACAUUGUCAAAGCAGUUAUUCCUUUUAGGGGGAACCCAUGAGUAAUUUUAGUAGAGUGUGCAAAUUCUGAUUCAACAGCGGUCUUCAGGGAAAGGCAAACUUAGAGCUCUCCUUCGUUGUUGAAAAAUUGCAAGGGUAGCCCAUCCCUUUACUUGUACCCCCCUCUAAACAGUUGCAAAGAUAGAGCAAGUACCCGUUGGGAUAUCAAUUUGUCGUACUUUGUUCUCUUCUCGCUACUAAACCUUGAGAUGUUUAUGACACCUUGUGUUAUAGUUGUUUGUUUUAAAAGCAGCAAACUUAAAACGAAUGCUAUAAUGACAUUUAAAUUUCCAAAUUCUGCAUUAGUUUGUUUGAAAGCCAAUGAUGCUCAAUGGCCUUGACCUGGGGCUCGGUCACCUAUUCAACCAGCAGGUCGCUGAUGCGUGAGCCGAAGCUCUUCAUGAUAUGGCCUAGGCAGGAGGUUUUGUUCUUUUCAACGCCGCAUUUUGACUUAAACUUUUAUUUUUCUGCCAAUGGUAAUACCAUACCUUUCUUAGCAUCAUCGCUUGAGG